GCGGCGACGGCUGAGGAGGGGCCCUGCGGGUGGGGCCGCUGCACCCCUAAGGCUCUGCAGCUCUGCAACAACCCUGAGGGCUACCUGGCUGCCUACAGCCUCCUGGCUGUCUUCCAAGGUAUUGUGGUAAAUGGCCUGAUUAACAUUAGUAUUUCAACAAUUGAGAAGCGUUAUGAGUUGAACAGUUCCCUCACUGGCUUAAUCUCGGCAAGCUAUGACAUUUCUUUUUGCAUAUUGUCACUGUUCAUAUCUUUCUUUGGAGAAAGAGGACACAAGCCACGGUGGCUUGCUUUCUCAGCACUUAUGCUAGGAUUGGGCUCGCUUACAUUUUCCUUACCACACUUCAGUAGUGGAAAAUACCACUAUGGAGCUAAACUUGAAGAUACGUGUCAAAUUCCAGGAUCAAGCUCUACUAACUUCACUUGCAGUGCCAGCACGAAGUCUUCACUUCCCAGCUAUCUGUAUGUCUUUAUCCUGGGACAGCUGCUGCUGGGAGUUGGAGGAACUCCACUAUAUACAUUGGGGACAGCUUUUAUUGAUGAUAGUGUCCCCAAACACAAGUCUUCCCUUUAUAUAGGAAUUGGCUAUGCCAUGUCACUGCUGGGUCCUGCUAUUGGCUAUGUCUUAGGAGGGCAGCUACUUAAUAUUUAUAUUGAUAUCCAGAUCCCAGAAAGUACAAAGAUGGAUCCAGAUGACCCACGUUGGCUUGGAGCAUGGUGGAUAGCAUUUCUUGCAUGCUUUUUUGCAAUUUGGCUUCUUAUAAUACCUUUUUCAUGCUUUCCGAAACACCUACCAGGAACAGCAAAAAUACAGGCUGAAAAAAUCUCUGAAACCCAUAAUGAUGGAAGUGAGGUGCUUGUUGAGACCAAGAAUAUUGGAAACAGUUUUAAAGACUUUCCCGUGGCUCUCCUGAUACUGUUGAAGAAUCCGGUGCUUAUGAGUCUAAUAAUAGCCAGUUCUUCAGAAGCUUUGGUGGCCACUGGUUUUGCCACAUUUCUACCAAAGUUUAUAGAAAAUCAGUUUGGAAAGACAUCAAGUUUUUCAGCAACUCUUGGAGGGCUUGUGUUAAUUCCAGCAGCAGCACUAGGCCAAAUCGUAAGUGGCAUCUUGGUUUCCAAGUGCGAAAUGGAUUGCAAAAGCAUAAUCAAGUUCAUAAUAGGCACUUGUUCAGUGGCCCUACUACUAAACACAGUGUUUUUGUUUGCUAAAUGUGGGAAUGAACCUUUCGCAGGUGUCUCUGAAACAUAUAAUGGAACAGGCAUGCUAUAUAACUUAACAGCGCCCUGCAAUGCUAACUGCCGAUGUUCACGCUCUAUGUACUACCCAGUUUGUGGCAGAGAUGAAGUCCAGUACUUUUCUCCCUGUUUCGCAGGAUGUACAUCACAUCUUUUUGACAACACGAAAAAGAUGUACCACAACUGUUCCUGUAUUGAGAAAGCAAAACGAGAAAAUGUUUCAGAAGACUUUCUCUAUGAAGCUGUCCCUGGGAAAUGUCCAACACAAUGCAAACUUUUACCUUUAUUCUUGACCUUCUUCUUUUUUGCUGUUGUUUUUACAUUUAUGGCUGUUACUCCAACAACUGUGGCCAUUCUCAGGUGUGUGCCAGACAAACAGCGCUCAUUUGCUCUUGGAGUACAGUCAGUGUUUCUACGACUACUGGGUACUAUUCCUGGACCAAUUUUGUUUGGUGUUGCUAUAGACAACAGUUGUACUCUGUGGGAUAUUAAUGAAUGUAAAGCUAAAGGAGCCUGUUGGGUUUAUGACAAUGAAAGGAUGGCUUAUCUGCUGAUGGGCAUAAGUGCUGCUUGCAAAAUCAUCACAAUCAUCUUUGUGAUCAUGGCAGUAUGUUUGUAUAAGCCUCCACCAGCAAGUGCAGCCCUGUCACAAAAGGAUUCAGAAAUGGUAUCUGCUAUACAUAC